GUAUCAACAUGUCCUAUUUUAAUGCUGCCACUUCCCUGCACCUAUAAUAUAUGCCAGAGUUGUGUUCAUGUAGCAGCCAGUUUCCUUGUCCUAAACCUCCACUCAACUUAAUAGCCUCAGUUCCCUUUCUUUGGGAAGAAAAUCUUGGAACACCACUACCUAAUUUCUCACUUUAUUCUUCUUCACUAGAUAACAUUGUUUCCAAUGAUGAGAGUAGUGAAGCUAUUACUGGCAUGGAGCUUGAAACAUUUAGGUUUGACAUUGAUGAAUCAAUGGAGGAAAAGUCAUUAGUUGAACCUGAAGUUGAAACUAUAUUCACAAGCAGCUAUGAAACAGAAAGGUCAAGACCAACUGGUGUCACUUUCUUAGAAUGCCUAUUUCCAUUGUAUCCACCAAAAUCAGGCUUUCUUGAAAGGGAUGAGAACUUUAUGUUUUUGACUCAACCAGCAAAAGUAAAGGCAGAAGAAUAUGUUGAUGAUGGAGAGUGUACUAACGGCAGUGAGAUGAUGAUGAAGAAGGUGCCAACACUUGGAGAAAUAAUCAUGAUGAGUAGAAGAAGAAGCUACAAAAGGAAAGCACUUCACAUGGACUGGGAUCAUAAUCCACCUAAGGAAAUAAGAAGAAAGGAAGAUUUUAGAUGCUUCAACUUUGUACGUGGCAACAUAGUUGAGGGACUAUUCAAGAGAAGCUACUUGCCGAGAAUGAAACUAGUCAAGGCAAGGUAGAGGACAAUGAUAAUAGAGCCAAAGCUCACAAUAUAAUUUCUAUUUUAAUACUUAAAUACACAUUUUGGGUUUCAGUUUGUGGAGUGUGGAGUGUAGAACAAUUAACUUGUGCUAAUUAAAACAAGUUAUAACUGUACCAUAUUUAUUUUGUAUGAAAACAAGUUUGAAUAA